CUCUUGAGCUCGGCCAAACGGCACGCGGUUCACCUGUCGAGCCUGCUAGUGAAUGGUCUCUUCUCGCUUGUGAAAGCGUCUUUUCCCGGUGCAAAAUCUGAGCUGAAGUUGAAAGGCUCUGGCACUUUCUGACGGCGUUCCAUCUGAAUUAAUUUGGUCUUGACCAUACUUGGCUUCCAGGCCUAGUGACAGUAGCCUUUAUCCAUCAUCAUCACCAUGUGUGGCAUAUGGGCCCUUUUCGGAAGUGAUGGAUGCCUCUCUGCCCAGUGUCUCUCUGCUAUGAAAAUAGCCCACCGAGGUCCAGAUGCUUUCCGGUUUGAAAAUGUCAAUGGCUUUACCAACUGUUGCUUUGGCUUCCAUCGUCUAGCAAUUGUUGAUCAGCUAUAUGGAAUGCAGCCUAUAAGGGUGAAAAAAUUUCCCUACUUGUGGUUGUGUUACAAUGGAGAGAUCUACAACUUCAAACGGCUACAGAAACAGUUUGGAUUUGAGUACCAGACCUUAGUAGAUGGAGAGGUAAUUCUUCAUCUUUAUGACAAAGGAGGAAUAGAGGAAACUGCCUCCAUGCUCGAUGGUGUAUUUGCAUUUGUUUUGCUUGACAGCGCAAAUAGAAAGGUGUUUCUGGGGAGAGAUACAUAUGGAGUUAGACCAUUGUUUAGGGUCCUAACUGAUGAUGGCUUCCUGGGUGUUUGCUCUGAAGCAAAAGGUCUGAUCAACUUGAAACACAAUAUGUCCAGUGCUCUCAAAGUGGAACCUUUUCUUCCUGGACAUUAUGAAGUCUUGGACUUAAAGCUAAGUGGGAAAGUUGCAUCAGUGGAAGUGGUCAAAUUUCACAGCCCUAAAGAUGAACCUUUGCAUGCUGCCUACAGCACAGUACAAAAUUUGCCUUCAGGUGUUGAUGUUGAAACUGUGAAAAGCAACAUUCGACUUUUGUUUGAAAAUGCUGUUAGAAAACGUUUGAUGUCUCAUAGAAGAAUUGGUUGUCUCUUAUCAGGCACCAACUGCUGAAGAAGCUGCUGAGGAAAGUGAGAGACUUCUUCGAGAGCUCUACCUGUUUGAUGUUCUCCGUGCUGAUAGGACAACUGCUGCCCAUGGUCUUGAACUAAGAGUUCCAUUUUUGGAUCACCAGUUUACUGCUUACUACCUUUCUUUGCCAGCAGAACUCAGAAUCCCAAAGAAUGGGAUUGAAAAGCACCUCUUAAGGGAAGCCUUCGAAGAUUCUAACUUAUUGCCUAAAGAAAUACUUUGGAGACCCAAAGAAGCUUUCAGUGAUGGCUUAGCGUCUAUCAAAAAAUCUUGGUUCUCUAUGCUACAAGACUAUAUUGAACUUCAGGUUGAUGACCUUUUGUUGGAGAAAGCUGAAGAGAAAUUUCCAUUCAAUCCUCCCAAAACAAAAGAAGGAUAUUUUUACCGUCAGAUUUUUGAGAAACACUACCCCGGCCAUUCCACUUGGCUCCCGCAUUAUUGGAUGCCAAGGUGGAUCAGGGCUACUGAUCCAUCUGCUCGCACAUUGAAACAUUACAAAUCAGCUACAAAAGAAUAGCUUAAUAUAUAUUGGAGGAAUAAUUUCUCCAAAGAGCUUAUUAAACAAGAUAAAUCUUGUUGCUCUAAAGGAACUUAAAAAGCAAUGUAUGGUUGUUUUUUUUAAAAAAAGUAAAUGAAUGCAGUAGUUUAUUUAGAUAAAAGCGAAUGUAAUUGAUUAUUCCAACUAUGCCAGUAACAGGAAUAUCUCUUAGCCUUAAACUUCACUAUGCAACAACUGAUAUACUCCAGAAUGAAGUUUGGUAAAAUGAAAGCUAGGACUGUAAGUCUUUAUUCAGAUAGCUUAAUUGACUCUGACAUCAAAUGAUAUUUAAGCAACCUAAGAAUUAGGAGAAUUAAUAGUGGUUUAAAUGCACUUUUCUGCAAUUAAUGAGCUCUAGGUUUUUUUAAGUAAUAUGUUUGUAGUCUUAUAAAUAAAUAAAAUAAAAUAAUCUUCUGAGUUCAAAUGGUAAAUACUAGUUAUUUUAUUGUGGGAAAGGAUAAUUAACUAGUUUUUUGUAAGUUUAACACUCUUUAACUAUUAUAUACAGCUGUGUAUAUCUGGGAAAUCUGGAUUCUUUCAGAGCCUUAGAGUGAUUGCCAUUUUCAAUCUGCAUCAUCCUGUGAUCAGACCUCAACAACUCACCAUUCAUAGUUUUUUAAUCACAUUACAAAUCAUGAUGCAGUCAAUUGUCAUCACUGUUUAAAACUGCAGUAGAGUUUUCAUAUAUCUUUUCUUAAAGGAUCCAAAUAUAUAAUUUUGUACUCAGCAGAAUCCAUUUUACACAACUAAUGCAAUUAAGAAUUAAAUCUUCCUUUUCAGUAAAGCCUGUAGAAUUAAUUAUUCUAAAUGAGAGGGCUGUUGAAAGAAAAUUCAUGUAGAAAAUAUAUUUUCUAAUUCUAAUUCAGCAGGAGAUUAUUUAAUAAGUUAAAA